AUGGCGGCGGCAGCGGCCGCUUGUAGUCAGCACGGCGCCGCGAUAUCGGCCGCGAAAAAAUCGCUGACACGCGAGCAAAUCCGGAGGAACCGCGAGAAUUCAAAUCGGAGAAGAGCAGCUCUUUUGUUCCUCAGUAACAUCUCACUGGACGGCCGGCCGGUGCCGAGCGGCACAGCAGAGCGCGGAGGAACGCGGCGGGGCACCGAAGGCGUCCCGGACGGCGUCCCGGAGGUCGACCGGCUUGCUUCGGCGGCGGUCCCGGAGCCGCAACAAGACGCGGAGACGUGCUCGGCUAAUUUCUCCACUUCCGCCAGUUGUGUGGACGUGAAAACCUCGUCGACGACGCCGCUGACGCCGGCUGCGAGUCUGCUGGCCGUGCCCCCCAUCGUCGUACUGCCGUCCGACGCGGAGCUGGUGCUCAGCCGACGCCGUGACUCUGCGCCCUUGGUGGCCAGCGGAAACCUGCUGUCGCCGUCGUUGUCACCGUCACCUUCGGCGUCCAACAGCAGCCUGCUUCCGUCGCCCGUGGGACCGCGGAAGUCGUCGACGUUGUUGUCUGUGCAGAGUUGCAACUCUGUGUCGUCCGAGUUGAGGCAAAGGACCAGGAACCUGUCAGGUGGUUCUCCCAGGCCACGGCACACGAAGAAGAUCCACUUUAUAAAAAAUAUGAAGCAGUACGACACGAGGGGCAGCAGGAUUGUUUUGAUCUGUGCUAAAAGAUCCCUGUGUGCAGCAUUCUCUGUUCUACCCUACGGAGAAAACUUUUACCUCAGCGAGCCCAUGUUGAACCAUCCCCGGAGGCGGCACUCAUCUGGGAAUAUUUCCACCUGCUUGGAGAUGGGACUGGAGGGUUUUCACUUGGAAACGUAUGGCAGGUCGGUGUCGUACGCCCAAUUCCUGUAUCCCACCCAUGCCCUGGUCAGACAGAAGCCAUCGUCCGCCAGCGACCUGACACUGCAAAUUCCGGUAUCCAGGAGCGCUCACAGCAUGCCAGGCAGAAGCUUCCCUCCGAGUCGCCUCAACAGCGCUGUGGGUCUAGAUCUUGGCUUGGGUGAUGUGACGGACUAUGACCCAAACAUUCUCAGUGAUCCACAGUGGCCGUGUGGGAAACACAAGCGGGUGCUGAUCUUUGCUUCAUACAUGACGACGGUCAUCGAAUAUGUGAAACCUUCAGAUCUGAAAAAAGACAUGAACGAGACAUUCAAGGAAAAGUUUCCUCAUAUCAAACUCACCCUGAGUAAGAUUCGGAGUCUGAAGCGAGAGAUGCGAUCUAUCGGCGAGGACUGCAUCCUACAACCUGCCACUAUCGCCAUGGCGUUCGUGUACUUUGAGAAGUUGGUGCUGCAGGGGCGACUCAAUAAACAGAACAGGAAGUUGGUGUCAGCUGCCUGCAUUCUAUUGGCUGCAAAGAUCAGCAGUGAUCUAAGGAAACAAGAGGUCAAACACCUGAUUGAUAAGCUGGAGGAGCGCUUCCGAAUUGGCCGACGUGAGCUUAUCACCUUUGAGUUCACCAUCCUGGUGGCCCUGGAGAUGGCGCUCUACCUGCCAGAGAGUAAAGUCAUGCCGCAUUACAGGCGACUGGUGCAGCAACAGUUGUAG